UCUGGGAUAAAUAGUGCCAGGCCUCAGUACCAAGUCAGAAUCACAAGUAGCAAGAAGUUGAUCGGCUCUGCCAGCUAAAAGCUGAAGUCUUAUUGGCCCUGCACUGAGGUCUGAAGAAAAGAGAAUUUGCAGACAUGUGGUCUGACAGCAUUGUUGGUAAAGAUGGAGCAUCUCAGGCCAGUAAGAUUGCAGGCCGGAGGAAGCGGACCAGUUUCACCAAAGAGCACUUGGAGCUCCUCAGAAUGGCUUUUAGCGUGGACCCAUACCCUGGCAUUAGUGUCCGAGAAAGUCUGUCUCAAGCCACAGGCCUCCCAGAGUCACGAAUUCAGGUUUGGUUUCAGAAUAAGAGGGCAAGAACCUUAAAGAACAGAAAUGCUCAAACCUCACCUCAACCAGAAGCUACUUCUUCACUGUCCAGCACCUUCCUGCCACCCCACAUGGUUGGUGUAAAAGAAAGCAGACAACCAGCAUUUAAUGUUACUCAACCUCAGCUGAGAGAAGACAGUGAGCAGGACUGCUUCUUUACUGACUUGUCUCCACAAAGUUUUGGCCUUUCACCGAGUGGAGCUCACUGCAGCACUCCAUCCAUCAGACCACGCCAAGACCGGCUGAUGGGCACUAGCCUGAGUCCUUCCUCUUUUCACUCUGAUUUGGAAGUUACUGCAGUUGGCUGGGGCUCUAUGAGAGCACAAAGCUCACCAGAGUGUCUGUGGAGCCCGCCAAUGCAAGGCACUGGAAAUGGCAGCAAAGAUGAGAGUCAAGUCUUUCUUUAUCCUCCACCUCCUUAUCCUCAUGGCACUGUGAGGUCUGGGUUUCUCAACAGUUUAAAGUCCACCUCCCCUGACUCUGCAGAUUCUGCAUUUUGGGACAUGGGAUUGGAGAAUACUUCUCCUAUGCCAUAUUCUCAGGGUGGAAGUGGUCUGUGGGAUGAAUCUGCACAGGAGAAGCCUUUGGCCCCACUACCAAAUCUGUCUUCUCAGUGCCUAGAGGAAGUUCUUGGUGAGAUGGAACCAGGCUGGUGGAAGAUUAAUGGACAAAUGGAGCUUCAAUAAGACUGUUAAAGUAAAAAAAAAAAAAAAAAAAAAAGACUGAACAAGAAGAAGAAGAAGAAGAAAAUGAAUGUUUUAGUCCACUGACUUUCAAAUGUGAUUAAGGACUGUAGCAGAUUUGUGUGAAUCUCAUGUUACUUAUGUUGCAAUUUUUACUCCAAGAUAUUGUGGUGGGAAAGCAGUAUCACUAUUUAAAGUUGUUUUAUUUAUUAACUUAUUGUAUACCUCUUCCAAAGAGUAGAUUAUUCAGAAUACUCAUGUUGCAAGAUUUUACUGAUUAUUGUAUUAUUUAAGACCUUUGGUCAGUUUUUACAUAAUUUAAACCUAUUUAUUUCAUCAUUAUAUUGUAGAAGUACAGGAUUGUGGGGGGAAAUGUAAAUAAUCACUUAUUUUGUACAAUAAUUUAUUGCAAAUAAAAUGUUGAGCAAGCAAA